AUCCUCUUGAGUAACUUGAACCAAGCCUUAGGAAGGGGGAGGAGGACAGAGCAAAAUCCAACCUGGGGAAGAUCUCUGCAGACUAUCAUUUAGAAAGUUCCGCUUGUUGGAUUUUAACCGAACCGAUUUUUAUUUAUAACGUCGUAAUACUGAUUCCAUUGCCACCCUAAAUCCGCUCUCCAGCAUCUCUGCAGCGUUUACAUCGAAUAUGUUUUUGUUUGAACUGAAACCCGAGUACAUUUGGACCAAUUCCAUCUAGCCUGCUGAUCCUCUUUUGAUUGUGUGCUUCUAUUGUGGAAUGCGCCUGACUUAGCAAUUUACAUGAAAUUUACAAAAGCACUGACAUCACUGCAUUGCAUUGGGAAACGGGGAAAAGGACAGAUCGUUGCUUUUUUUUUUUGCCUUUGCCUAAUUUCAAGAUCGGAUCUAGUGAUCCAAGGCGCAUUUGUCUUUGUUUUGUAUUUAAUUAUGUAUGUAUUCAUUUUCUGGAGUGAUCUUUAGUUUAUGUGGAGAAUGUAAUGCGAAAGAAAAACAAAGGAGUGUCUUCAAACUAGAAACCGUUUAUGUAGACGUUUUUUUUUUUUUUUUUUUUUUGCGGGGUAAGUUUAAACAGUGACAGUAUGAAUUUAUGUGCCUUUUAAAUCAUAAUCUGUGUGAUAUUAACUAGGCUGUUUUAUUAUACGUAUACACUAAAUCUGUGAACGGGCACAUUUUGUUAAAUUUAUUUCUGCUAUCAUGAAUCCAGAGUUAGCUGCAGCUUUACUGUUAACAUAUUAGAUAACUGCUUACUUUUAAACUGUGUACGUCAUUACCUUAGGAAAUAAGAUGGCUAAAAACUCAUUGGGUGGAUCUAAGGAAGACUUGAGUAAGGUAGCUGACGAGGAGCUGCUGAAAUGGAGCAAAGACGAUUUGAUCAAAAGACUAAGAAAAGCAGAUAAUGAAAAAAUGAACUUGAUGGUGGAGCAUGGGAACAUGAUGAAAGAUGUGAACAAGAGACUGCAGGUUCACCUUCACGAGAUAAGGGGUCUGAAAGAGAUCAAUCAAAAGCUCCAAGAUGACAACCACGAAUUUAGGGAGCUUUGCUGCUUCUUGGACGAUGACAGGCAAAAAGGCAAGAAGUUGUCCAGGGAAUGGCAGAGGUUUGGCAGGUACACUGCCAGUGUCAUGUGGAAGGAGGUUGGCGGGUACCAACAAAAACUGAAAGAACUGGAAGCCAAACAGCAAGCAGUUAUGAGGGAUAACAUGGAGCUGAAAGAGAUUAUCUUGAUGCUGGAUGAAGACAGGAAUGGAGCUGGGUCCAGAAGCUCCAUAGACAGCCAGUCAAGCCUGACCAAUUUGAAUGGGGGCUCCAGCACCCUGAGAGAUGUUGGGGAUGGGAGCAGCACCUCCAGUACUGGGAGUGCUGGGAGCCCCGAUCACCAGCACAACCAUCUGCCCCACAAGCCAGGAGAGACUAAGAUUGGAACCAUCAGAAGGUCAAUGGAUGACCUCACAGCACCCCAUCACCACAGGAGCAUCCCCGAUGGGCUGAAUGAUCCAUCUUCAAACUACAUCCGGCAGUUGGAGACAAAAGUCAGAAUUCUAGAAGAUGACAACAAGCUUCUAUUACAGCCCCGUAACCGCAAUAGUUUACCAAGAGCGCUUACAAAGCAGAGUAGCUGUGGAGAUUUGAAGACCCUUCGGAAAGGCUUCUCUCUCUACCACUCGGAGAGCCAGUUGACGUCAUUGCCACAGUAUCAGGAGUCUCUGCAAAACGGCUCCGUGCGACUGACCCCUGGGGAUUCCUCAUCACCUUCAGUGGGGUAUAUUCCUUCAGCACAAAAACCAGAGGCAGUGGUACAUGCCAUGAAGGUCCUGGAAGUCCAUGAAAACCUGGACAAGCAAGUACCAGAACACUGCGAAGAGGACCUUAGUGAGAAGGAGAAAGCGAUUGUUCGUGAAAUGUGUAACGUUGUUUGGCGUAAGCUGGGAGAUGCUGCUGGCUCCAAGCCAUCCAUUAGGCAGCAGCUGUCUGGAAACCAGUUUAAGGGACCUUUGUAGUUGCGGAAGGCUUCAAAAAAAUCUGAUGAAUGGACCUUUGAACAGUGAGGCUCUUUGCAUGGGACAUUUUGUUUAACUAAAACUCUUUUCAUAUGACUGUAUGUACAUACUAUCUUCUAAUGGAGAUUGUUUAUGAACCAAAUUUCAUGGACUGGCACCAUUUUACCAACCACGACACUUAGUAUUACCUUUAGACUAAAAACUUGUUUUAAAUUAUUAGCCAAGCAAAUACUAACAGGUAUCUCACCAAGAAGUAUUCAAGACUGGCAGCUAGUUUUACAUUUUUGUCACUCCAGCAUACUGCCUACUGUUGUUAAUUGGUUUCUGGUCUGUGCUAUAUGUACAAAACAUGUACAUUGAAUAGCUUUUCAAUGUUUUAAUUCAACUUUUCCUAAUACAAGGCUCACUUCUUGUGAAGCUGCAUUUGGUUUGUGCAUCAUUUCUGUAUAAAAUAGCCAAUAAGGAGACCCACUUUUCUGAACUGUGUUUGUUAUUACCAGAAAAAAAGUAAUAAACCACUGGCACUUUUAUGGAAGAUAACUGUCCUUUACCCUGUUUUCUUUGAGAGAAUUUAAGAUAAGCUAUCGUUAAAGUAAUGUUUACUUAAUUAAACAAUAUAUAUAUAUUUUUUUUAGUUAGUUUUUUUUAGUGGAUUAGGGACAGAUUUAAAAUAUAUAUCCUACCAUAGCAAUAGCACAUUGUCACAAUUUGUAACUGCACCAUGGUCAUGUUUGUGCAUAACACCUAUAAUACCUGUAUUGUUUUUAAAACCACAUUAAGGCAGAAUUGGCCAUAUAAAGUUUGAUACUGGAAAACAUAGAACACUUUCUGCAUUUGUACACAAAGUAUC